AUGUAAACAGUGUUCUACUUUGAGACCAAUAAAAACUCUAAAUUCCCUGGUUGAUAAAACACCAUGGAUUCCUUCUUCUGUGGCAGAAGUACUGGGUAUUGUACCCCUUCAACAUGUGUUUGUAAUGACAUUUACUCUUGAUGAUGGAACAGGAGUAUUGGAAGCUUAUCUCAUGGAUUCUGACAAAUUCUUCCAGAUCCCGGCAUCAGAAGUCCUAAUCAAUGAUGGCCUUCAGCAGAGUAUGGAUAUGAUCUUGGAUAUGUUUUGUCCUUCGGGAAUAAAAAUUGAUGCCUAUCCGUGGUUGGAAUGCUUCAUCAAGUCGUAUAAUGUCACAAGUGGAACGGAGCAGCAAAUUUGCUAUCAGAUUUUUGACACCACAGUUGCAGAAGAUGUAAUCUAAUAUUGUCAUUCAGCUUAGCAUAUGUAAAAUACUAUAAUUUUAGAAAACAUUAUUUUCUGUGUGAUUCUUAUAAAACAUGUAGAAGGUUUAACAAUAUAGUUUAUCUUCCAUUUUAACCACAGUGUAAAUUUUUUUUCACAAAUAGCAUUGUGUUAUCUUAAUACCUUCUUGUGAAUAAGUUAAAAAUGUUCCUUUUGCUCAAAAUUUCCAGUAUGGUGGCUGCUAGGGCCAUAAAGGAGAAAGGGGAAUAAAGAAGGACUGUCUUCAUUUACCCCUUGCAGCCCUUUCGGAGAAUGUGUUCUGGUACCCUGCACUAAAAAUCACUUUCCUUGUUGGUUUUUCCGUGUGUCAGCCACUAAUUUGUCUGCCCGCCACCAUCUGUGCUUGGCCUUCUUUUCCUGCCAUGGUUUUUAUAUCAGCAUUGUUAAUGAUUUUAGCAUGGGUAUGGGGUUAGAAAACGUCCUUAUGUUGACUCACUCAGCUUUCACUGAGUGCAAAGUAUGUAAUGGCUAGCGGUUUGGUUUUGCACAAAGGGAUCUGUUUAAACAAGUAGUCUUGAGAAGUGCUCUUCUGAGUGAGCUACAGCGUACUUAACAGGAGUGGUUUACUUUAGGUGUAUGUGGCAGAGUUGCUGUCUUUCGGUGCUAUAGACCAAUUUAGGAUAAAUCCAUUUUCUAAGACCUGAAUUGUAUGCUUUUGAUUGCU